AGACCUGUUAAUAAAGGAUUUUGAUGGCUCUCAAAUAUAUUGUAGAGGAACCUCCCCUGUGCAUGAGGGUCAAAGGGUUUUCCUCAAUCAGCCUUAGUUUCAGAGAAAAGAAUUUUGAAGUUCCACGCGCCGUAGAAUACUCGGCACAUGGUUGUUUUAAAAGCGAGAUGGAAGAAGAAGAAAUUUCAUCUGGAGGUGUAUCCGUUAAUAAAUUGUUAUUUUGCAUCAAGGUCUCACAAUAUUUAAACGCGUUUGUCACUUCUCCCUUGAAUUUGUCGUCUAAUUCCAUUUUAUCAAAAUUAUCCAGUACACAAUACCGCUUCGAUCGUUCUCUCUUGGGAACCUGAACCCUGAACGAAUAAAAGUGAACGAGGCUGCUGCUUCUUACUAACGGAGGAGCCGACGUCUCCACUCUUUUUUAAAUCAGGUAACACGGUCUUUUGACAAAGGAUUCUUUGUCAAAAGGCUUCGGGUCGAAUGCGAACGAGAAACCAACGGCCAAAUUCAAACACGUUGAAUCCUCUGCUAUACUGUCUCCAUCAAAAUAUUGAAGUGUAGAGCAAAGCAAUGCUUAACACAUUGGAUACAAAACAAAUAAUAUUUAAAAUCGACUGCGAUACUAUAAAAUGGGAUUUAUAAGUGAGUUUAUGAAUAAUAUCACUGUUCUUAUUUAUUACGAAUAUGUUCUUAUUUAUCACAAUGUAUGCAGAAAGAAAUAUAUUUUCGAAUGUUAAUGAUUUAUAUUUUCCGGUCUCGCUUUUAAAACAACUAUGUGCCUGUAAGGAAAAUGCU